AGCCGAGGCUUCGGGCAGGGCACUGUGGCGUGCCACGGCGCGGCUAGCGGCUUUAGCCCGAAAUUAAAAGUUCUCCAAUCUAAUAUUAAUAAAAUAUUUUCAUACAUCAAGUAGAUGUGAGAGUAAGUCAAGUUGUUCUUACCUCUGAAAUCUCAAAGAAUUCGAAAGUUUUCACGUGAUGAUUACCAAAAUUUAGAAAAAGAGUGGGUUUUCAACUCAAGCUGCAGCCACGAUUCGACAGCAAGGAAUCCAUGCAGCAUGCAGAAAGAACGGCUGAAGCAACUUCCGUUUUGCGAUUGCGCAAUCAAAAUUUCUGAGCUGAUGAACGCGAUUAGUGCGGCAACGCAAUAUCAAUCCUGUAUCAAUCAUGCCAAUGAAAGGAAAAUUUCCUCUUCGGAGGACAAUUCGAUACCUUGAGCAGGGGAAAAUAUAUCUUCGAGAUUCUGUUAAGAUUUUGACAAUCAACUAUAAUUCCUUUGGGAAAGAGAGUGAUGGAGCAAGGGACUUUGUAUUUUACCACCUACCUCAGCUGCAAUACAAGAAUCCAAAUGUACAAAUGCAAACCUUCAAGAACAUCACACCAUCUCCAUUUAUCAGAUGUUUUCUAAAUGAAGGUGAAGAGGUGCUGAUUGAUAUUGAGGAUAAGACCAAGGAUGACAUUGAAGAACAUCUAAAUAAAGUUCUUGGAAAAUCAGAGAGAGUGUUAGCCACUGAAAGGAAAGCCAUGGAGCGUUCAUCAAACCCAGCAAAUUUUGGUCGUACCUUUGCUCGAUGGUGUAUCUGUGAGGUACCUGGUCAGUUCCCAUGCCCAAAGCUAAAGCCAAUGCCCAAUGAGAUGAAAGGAAAAUAUCGUGAUUUAAAGGAGGACAGUUUACGUGCACCAGAGGCACUAGUGCAUAGGGCAGACACACCCACAGAAACAGCUGUAUAACAGUCAAUAUUACUUCCCAAAGACUUUUUUUAUUUACUGUAUAUCUUCGGAUAAGUAUUCUCUGUAACUUUUUACCAUUGAUUCUUGAAAAUUAUGAUUAUCACAUAAUUUUGUAACCAUGUAGCAAAUCACUCAUCAAUAAUCCAAACCUUAUGUGAAAGUUGAUGCCUUAGCCUUUCCAUGUGAUGCACCCAUUAUCACCAUGCAGUAUAAUGCAACUGUACAAGGUUUUGGAAUCAUCUACGGGGCCUGUGGUUUGAAAAACUCUGAAGACUUUAAAGAUUUUCACGUGAUUCCUUUUCAUUGGAUGCUUAGGAAGGCAAUCUGCAUGAUACGCGGCUGGAUGCCCAAAGUUUGGAUAAUCAAAAUAUUUCGCAAAGAUGGACUUUAGUGUAAAUUCCUAUUGAAAGCAGUCAUAGCCUAUAAUGCUGAUAAAAAAGAUUAGCAAAAUGAUCUAAUCAUUUGAAUCUGAGCAAAUAAUCAAAGAUAACAACUUCACAUGGAUACAAGUUAAGAGUCUGAAAAUCAACUUGUCAUGAGCAUCAAUAGCCAAACCAGUUCAGACUUUUAACUAGUAUCCAAUUUCUUUUUCUGUACCCUGAAAAUAAAUGGCUGAUCUAUUAUCCAUGGUACCAAGGUAUUUCAGUAAUGCAACCUGUGUAAAUAUAUUGUAAGCAUAUAUAUGAUAGAUCAGUCUAUGAGCUUUUAGUUAAAAGUGAUUAGAAAUUUUACAAUCUUUUGUUUUGUUUGUUUUAUAUUUGAGGGGGAUUCAAUCAAUAAAAUGUCAUUUUGCUCAAUGAGAAGAUAUUUCAUCUUUGAUUCUGCAGUAUCACAAAAGCUAGCAAGUUGACUUAGGUGACAUGAAUUUUCCUCCCAGGUCAAUUGUGUCUUACUGACCUCUACCCACCAACAAAAUUUGAUUGUACUUCAGUGUCAUUUUGAAAUAGAUUUUGCAUGAUCACAAUGUCAUGAAGUCAGCUUUGCAAUAUA